AUGAAGCGACUAUGGAACGCGCUCGGAAAAGAAACGAAAUCGACGAUCUUCCAGAAGAAAGCGGUUAAACAAGUGGAAAAGAUGGAGAAAGGAGAAGCGAUGGUCAAGGCGCCUCGCCACGAACGCGAAAAGAAACACUUUGAAGAAGCGCAAAAGGAUGAACGAUUGCAGAAGGCUGUAGCGGAAAGACGCGAGGAGCUCAUCGACAAUAUCAACCGGAUACACAUCAAAUCAACGGAUCCGCCUGAAAGAUGGACAUCGACCAAAGAACUCCCGACUCGUGACUCCGAAUGGGCCCACCGCAACGAUCCCGCUUGGGAGUUCGGGUUUUAUGAACCGGCGCCGGAGAGAAUUCCCAAAUCGAAGCUGACUUUUCGCGAGGCGUUGGAGAAAGAUCUUGAAGAGCAUCAAUCGCGGGACAGAUUUUCGAUGGAUCAAUUGGAUUUGAUGUACAAAUAUUUCCGACCAUUCGAGCGCCAGGAUAAACAGAGGGUGGUCAAGACGGAGGACCUCGUAAGAUUGCAAGAAAGGUUACAGGGUUGGCAUGACCCCGAUAAAAUCGUGGCACCGCCUGGUGGAGUUUCCGGCUUCUUGAAAGAGAAAAUGAGUAAAUCUCUGGAAAAAGAUCCCGCGGCUUACGAGAAAUUCGAGAAGAUGGACGCCAAAGAACGUCAAGAGUUUGAAGAUGCUGUAAGUCAACUUCGAGAAGAGCAAAGAAGUCGGCUUGAGGAACGAAUGAAAGAAGUCAAAGAGAUGGAAAUCGCCGAGGCUGAAGCAGCGAAAGAACAACAGAACAAGGAAAACGAGGCUGAAAAAUCAAAGGGCUCAAAA